AACAAUAAGCUAAGGAAAGCGCAAGCACUCACAAAAAAGACGAGAGAAAAUAGAGUGAAAACAAUAUUUGGAGGAGGUCAGGACAGCACUGAGUGCAAGAUGUCAGUCAAGGUGCUACAUGUUGUCAUAUUCAUUCUAAUGAGUGGUCUGACCUCCAGUCUUCCUCUGGAGGCUGAAACCAGACAUCACAGGGCAGCAGACUCUUGCAAAGAGUGUCCUGCAGGACAAUUCAUGGUAUCAUGUAAGAGUUGCUUACCAUGUCCUGUCAAUACCUUCAUCAACAAGACCAACAAAGAGCACAGCUGCCUUGACUGCUUCAUGGACUGCAGAGCAGAGUUACAUUUACAGGUGGUGAGUCCAUGCACCAAGACGGCUGAUGUGGUUUGUAAAUGUAUAGAAGGGUACGAUUGCGAGAGGAAGGAUGAGUACACAGGACAGUGCAAAAGGUGUAAACUGCAGCCACCUGUGCACACCACCUCUCAGCCACCUGCGCAGACCUCCACUCACACCACCGCACAGACCACUUCUUAUGCCCCAGAGCAGUUUACUUCGCCCCCUUCCACAUGGACCCCUGGGGCAUUAUUUUCCACUGCUGUUCCACUAAAUAAUAUGCAACAGGAAAAGAUGUUUCAGUAUUUCAUUCUGGUUUUAGUUCUGAGUAUUGUAUUCAGCAUCAUCGUUUGUUUUUUCUACAAAAGAAGAAAAAUAGACUGCUUAAAAAAACGUUUAAAGAAGUGCUCAGUACGAAGUCAAAAGAUGGACAGUCGAGACAUAUGUUCUGAUUUAAACCAGCCGAAUAACCAACCGCUCCAUUGCCAGGAGACACACAAACAAACACAUGGCACUACAAAAACAGAUUGUCCCACUCUUCAGUCAGAAAGCAAAGAGCAGAAUCUACCAGCUUCUGGAAAUCUUGGUCCUCUCCACAUAUAUGGUGCAGGUACAGUGUUUGUCAGUUUGCUGAACCAAUUUGGGCUGAAUAGAGGAGACAAGGAUGAAGAGGAUCUCCGGCAGCAGCCUUUAAACAACAGUGAAAUAAAUAGUCCUCCUUCUCCUACAAUCCCUCUGUCUAAGGAGGAAGGGAACAGGGACAUCAGUUACAUCUCUUUCCCCUUUCAAGAGCAAGGGAAGGAGUGUCACAUGUCAAAGGAAGAAGGAUUGUGAUGGAUAUAAUCCUUAGCUUGGUUUGUUUGGUGUGUGAUUUUUUUAUGGUGCCUCACAAAUCUGGCCCUGGGUUUUGGUCUGUCUGAACCCUGAACCUUCUUCGUGGUUGAGAUGUGAACUUUUUAUGACAAAAAGACUGUAACAUCGAACAUUAAACUGGAUAUCUUUGCCCGGGAUCCCGUGAAAAGGCGGCUGUGUGUGUAUGUGUGGUGGGACACUGUUCAUCAAUGAAGAUGAAUGGAAAGCUCCAUUAAUUUCAGGGCUGGUAUUAAAAUAUCUGGAUGCAAUUCAUAUAUAUACUUAAUGUCAGACAGUUUGCAAGUGUUUCAGCAUAAGUUCAGCUUAUUAGAAAUAUAUAGAAUUAUUGACUGCAUUUAAAAUUAGCAUGUAUUUGCACAUGAUCUUUAAACUAACUUCUUGGAAAUCUUUAGCACCUCUGUCAUUUUUGUCACCUCUGUAAAUCUGUAUAUUUUAAAGAAAGAUAAUCGUGCAAUAAAGUUACAUUUUAUGCCCUUCAUAUUUUUUAA